CAGCGGCCGAGUCCCACUGCAACCAACACAGGUUGUUUGAGGUCUGAAGAUCACAUGACCAGCAGAGGACAAGGAGGAGGAUGUAGAGGAGAAGAACGAGAAGUAACUGAAAGAGGAUGAAGAGAUUCCUUUGCUAAUUUACCAGGACUAAAACAGCAUCAGAGAGUUAAGCAGGAAGGACAUUGCACCCAGCAUGAUGAGUGCCACCCCAGCCAGGAAGCCGUACCGCAAGGCUCCUCCACAGCACCGGGAGACCCGUCAUGCCAUGCCUGUGCCACCGCCCCCACCUGCAUCGCAGCAGCCAGACGUUAACCAGGAGGCCUUGUCUGACUCUGACAGGAUCAGAAUCCUGCAGCAGCAGAAUGAGGACCUGCGUCGUCGCCUCUCUCUUUCCACACACAAAAUGGAGUCCAUGGAGGCAGAGUUUGACGGCAGCCGUCACUACAUGGAGACGGAGCUUAGUCGGACCAGAGACGACCUGGACAAGAUGAGGGACAAGUUCCGCAGACUCCAGAACAGCUACACAGCCUCGCAGAGAACCAACCAGGAUCUGGAGGAGAAGCUCCACGCUCUGCUGCGGAAGGUGGAGAGAGACAAAAAGAUGAUGGACCAGGAAAUUGUGGCGCUUACCAACAAACUGCUGGACGCCAAGAACACCAUUGACCGCUUGGAGGAGCUCAACGAGCGUUACCGUCAGGACUGUAACUUGGCUGUCCAGCUGCUCAAGUGCAACAAGUCUCAUUUCAGGAACCACAAGUUUGCUGAUUUGCCCUCGGAGCUUCAGGACAUGUUGAACAAACACAUAAAGAGCAGCCUACCAGAGGGAGGCUCUGGCCCCAGUCCUCAGGACCCGGACACACUAAGUCUUACGCCUGCUGAUGUUGUACCCACCUCUGUCAUCGCACGAGUCCUGGAGAAACCUGAACCCCUGGUCUUGAACUCGGCCCAGUCUAGCAGCUGUGGCCGCCCUAUAGCUGAGGACGUUUUUGUACACGUGGACAUGACCAUCCCACCAUCUGCUGGGGCUGAGGGCCAGGAAAAUGGCAGUUCUCAGGAAGCUUCACUGCAGAACGGUUCCUGUCGCCGUCAGAGCAGUCUAGACUUUCAGUCGUGCAGCGAGGAAGUCAGUGCCGCUCCAUCCUUUGAGAAGCUGAAUCCGUACCCAGCACCACCACCACCACAUCCACUGUACCCCGGCCGCAAAGUAAUUGAGUUCUCUUCUGACGACAAAGUGAAAAUUCCCAAAAACUCGCCGCUGCCGAACUGCACAUAUGCCACAAGGCAGGCCAUCUCCCUGAGCCUGGUCCAGAACGACGACGAGCGUGUGGCUCCUGCAAGCCCUGUUCCCUCAUCCUCAUCAGGGGGAGGGUGUGGAGGCCUCCAGCGCACACCCCCAUAUCAGCAAGAUGUUGCCAGUGAACCUCUUUCAAGCCAGUCCAGCCCCUUCAGCAGUCCACCACAGGCUCCCAGCAUCCUGGCCAGUUCUGGCAGCUCAGAGGAGGACCUGCUCGCCAACUGGCAACGGAUGUUUGUGGAGAAGAUGGCACCAGCGUGUGAUUCCUCUCUUAUGCAUCGUACAUCAUUCGGCAGUCACACUGUGCAGGAUCUGCAGAGGCGGAUUGGUGGAGGAGACUCCUCUAAACACCAGAGCACCGCAUACUCUGACGGCGAGGAGGGAUCGUCUGCAAGGAGCUGGACGCCCAGCCGCGGCUCUAGCCUCGACACCGACACGGACACUGAGGCCAGAUCCAGCAGAAGGGGGUGCUAUGGUGAAGAUGGCGGUUCUAUGGAGGAAGGAGUGAACCGGGAGGACGACGGGGACAGUGGGGACACGGCGGUCACUAUUGCAACUAGCCCAGCUCAUACAAGAAGGGAGGAAUUUGAAGAGGAGGAAGAGGAAGAGAGCUCUGCUGAAGAAAGAGAUAUCCUCCCCCAUGACCUGCCUGUCAUCUCACCCCGCCUACUAGAGUUUGACCCCCACCCCUUACAGAGACCUCUGAAGAGUCCCAAGAGGAUGGGCGUCCAUCACCUGCACCGCAAAGACAGCCUGACUCGUGCUCCGGUUCAAGGCACAUUGCUGGACUGACCCCGACCAGAUACCUUCCCACACUGUCUCUCUGGUCACUGACCUGCCCAUCAAGGCUCAGAAGCCACGCCCAUCCAGGAAAUAGCCAUACUCUUUCUGUAUGCUGCAGAGCUCACUACUACUACUACUACUACUACAACACACACACAUACACACACGUUCUGUGUGCAUUUAGGACUGGAUUUUGACGGAACUUAGUAACGCAGACAAAUGCACAUAUACUGCACAUUUUUGUGCACACCCACUCUCAAACACACACAUACACAGUGCCUACACUACUCUCUUUCUCUCUCUGGGAAAGGUUGCAGGUACAGCGCCACAUCAGUGGAGCCUGCAGACACUCUGACUUUUUUUUUGGCUCCAAAUCAACCACUGAUUUCCUAUCGUGGCACGUUGUGUAGUUUAGUCACCUGACCUUAGACCUUGACUGACACCACAACCACCUCUGACUGUACCUGCGGGGUGCAGGCCAGGACGGAGCUUAUGCUCUGCGUUUAUCUGGAAUGUAACAUCAACAUUGUGAUUGCUAGAGGUUCUAUUUUGGUUAAAAACUUUACUGUUUUUUUGUUUUGUUUUUUGCUACAGAGGCAUGUAAGCGUCCCAAUCAGUAAUCAAUAUAUUUUCUUUAAUUAUACCGACGAUGGAUUUUUGGUCCAGAUUCUCAUUAAUGUUAGCUCAGUGCAAAUGCUUAAUAGUCAUCACAUAAACGAGAUUUUAUUUUGAAAGUAAGCCUCCGUUUGCUGCUACUGUCCUGUUAUUAUAUCAUCACAGUUCUGAUUGUGACUCACUGACUGUGAUUGAUUGAUUAAGUAUUGCUCCUGUUGAUGUUUGUAUUGAAGCUACAAUCAGCUGAAGCGCAGUGUUGAUCACAACCCUGGUUAUUAGUCUUAAAACCUGACAGAACCACAGGUGCAUGUUUGGAUAAAAAAACAGAGCGCAUGCUGGUACACAGUACAUUAAAGACAUAUUACUGUACAUACACUGUGCGACAGCACCCCCUACCUACUCGGAGGAAAAGUAAUGGCUAAAAGCUUAGCUUUUGACCUAAACAAAUUAUUGGGUAAGGUUAAGCUAAUGGUCAACAGACAUCAUCAUCAUUUGCAGUUGAAUGCAUCAAAUUUUGUCACAGAAUUGUUGGGGGGAAAAAAAAUCAGAAUUGCCCUUUACCUGGAAAAUAUUUGAUUAACAUUCUCAUCUGUCUGACAGUCGGAGAGAUACACAGGGCUAACGCUAACACUGAAUUAUUAACGUUAUAUUACUAUGUAGUUAAAUUUAAUGACUCCUCUCCAUGAAUGUACAGCAGUUAGAAUGUUGGCAAGGUCACAGUCAACAGUCUGUUUCACUGUUGGUUAUGUGAGCAGAAGGCUGAACUUAGCUUACAUUAGCUUAGCUCAGAGCUUUUUUCUUUUCCAAGUUUGUGUCCCAGCAUGUUUGCGUGAAACAAAUCCACUGUUAGUUCUGCAUCCAGGCAACAGAGAAUUUUUCACCCUGAAACUGUACUCUUAAUGACAAAGUCUUAACAUUAACAUUAUCUGCCGAGCUAAGCUGCUGCAUUAUGUGAACUAAUGCUAACUUCAUAGUCCAGCCACUAUCCUAAUUUGUGUUUAGUGACAUUAGCAAAGGUGGAAUUUCACGCUGCCUUUAAAAAUCUCUCAUCUGGCCUGACCUGAAUUUCUAAAAUUAUGACACUAAAAUCACUUUAAAAACACUUACUGAUUUUCCCUUUAGCAAAAGUGGCUUUAUCAAUAUUCACACUCAUUUUUCUGUCUAACAAAAGUCAGAAAGGACUUAAAGGACCUAAAAAAGAUGAAUAAUAAUGUAAAGGAAUGAUGCAGCUGCCAAAUUAAUCGGUUUACUCUUAAACUAACUAUUACAGAAUUACAUGAGCAUAGCAACUUUGCUAUACAAUUGGCACAAUGAACAUAAGUGUUAAUUCACAAACUCAAAUCAAGAAAGAAAGAAAUUCGUGUUUCCUGUAAAUGUUUAAACUUUGACAUUAGCGUCUAGCUUCUUUAUUUAAAAAAAUAGCAUCUCAUCUGUAAACGAAAACAGUUAAGGUUUACUCAGUGGUAGUUGAGAAUUCAGUACAGGUUUGUUAAUAAACAGCAGCUCUAGGAGCAUAGGCUACUUGUUUAAGAGUAUUUGUACAAAACAAAAUGUUACCACUUUACAGCGAGAAAAAAAACUAACUCAGACGGGGUAAUAACGUCCACCUUUUAUUUUAAGCGGAACUAUUCACAGUUUUAAAGAGCCUUUUUUUUCUGUUAGCAUAUCACACUAACAUUGCUACAAAUAACAAAUGACACGACAAUUUCGAUAUGAGAAGACAGCGAAUUUCUCGUUAGCUGUCAUUAAACUGCAAAUAAUGUCAACUAGAAAAUUAAAACGGGCGUAAAACUUUUAUAUUUUAUAUUUAAGAAAAAAUGAACAGGCCAUAUUAACUGUUAACUCAAGUUAACUGACACGUAUAAACACACUUGUCAUCAUGCUUGGUUGUUAACGUUAGCCUAGCCGCUAAUCAGAUGAAAUUUGAACCGAACUUUUUUGCCCGUUAGCUCCUCACUUUUGUUAGUUCGCCGUUACUCCCUUAAGAACGUGAACUCCGCUGAGGUUCCAAUGGAGUACAGAUUGUUUUCUACACAACUGAAUGUUUAACCACACUUCUCCCACAGGUGCCGCUACUCACUCCAAGGUAUGUCUGUUUUACUUCUUGUCGGGAAUUAAAGACAAAUGUAAAAAGAGUACUUUUAAACUUUAUUUUCUGAAUUUGUAACUGAUGAAUAUUUUAAAAAAUAAAAUAUUUUAAACGUAAACAUGUCUGUGUUAUGGUAGCUGCUGAUCUGACUAAAUGUAGGGGCAGGAGGCAGGUUUUUCUU